AUGGGUAUUCCUAAGUUUUUCAGGUACAUCUCGGAGAGAUGGCCCAUGAUAUCGCAGCUUAUCGAUGGCUCCCAAAUACCGGAGUUUGACAACCUGUAUCUGGACAUGAAUUCCAUCUUGCACACUUGCACGCACGCAAAUGAUGACGAUGUUACGAAGCGUAUGACAGAGGAAGAGGUGUUUGCCAAGAUCUUCGCCUACAUCGACCACCUGUUCCAUACGAUAAGCCCUAAGAAUACAUUCUACAUGGCAAUUGACGGUGUAGCUCCUCGUGCAAAGAUGAACCAACAACGAUCCAGACGGUUUAGGACUGCUAUGGAUGCAGAAAAAGCUUUACAGAAAGCCAUUGCAAAUGGAGAAGAGAUUCCCAAGGGCGAGCCCUUUGAUUCCAACUGUAUCACCCCCGGUACGGAAUUUAUGGCCAAAUUGACGCAGAACCUCAAGUAUUUCAUUCACGACAAAGUGUCAAAUGAUUCGGCUUGGAGUUCGGCGAAGAUCAUAUUCUCUGGUCAUGAAGUUCCUGGUGAGGGUGAGCAUAAAAUCAUGGAGCACAUAAGACGUAUGAGAGCCCAGCCGGACUAUGAUGCCAACACUAGGCAUUGUAUCUAUGGACUGGACGCAGAUCUGAUCAUGCUAGGGCUCUCAACUCACGAUCCUCAUUUUGCGCUAUUAAGAGAGGAAGUCACUUUUGGCAGGCGCCAGAAGUCCCAGGCACUGGAACAUCAAAAUUUCUAUCUUCUUCACAUUUCUAUGCUGAGAGAAUACUUGGAACUCGAGUUCAAUGAAGUUGCAGACGAUCUUCAGUUCGAGUACGACUUUGAGAGAAUGCUAGAUGACUUUUUAUUGGUUAUGUUUGUCAUUGGCAAUGAUUUUCUACCAAAUCUUCCCGAUUUGCAUUUAAACAAGGGUGCUUUCCCAGUUUUACUACAAACAUUCAAAGAAGCGUUGAAACACACUGAUGGAUAUAUUAAUGAACAAGGUACCAUCAAUUUAUCAAGGUUCCAGGUGUGGUUACAGUACCUUUCCCAGUUUGAGUUGAUGAAUUUUGAAAAAGAGGACGUCAAUGUUGAAUGGUUCAACAAACAAUUGGAAAACAUUUCAUUAGAGGGAGAGAGGAAGAGGGCUAGAACAGGCAAAAAGUUGCUGCUCAAACAGCAAAAGAAAAUAGUCGGGAUGAUAAAGCCUUGGCUGCUAAAGGCAUCUUCCAUGCGCUUUGACCCUAAUGGAGUUUCAGAUGAUCAGAUACCUACCUUUACCCUGGAAGAAUCGAUCAUUCAAGAGAACUUGCCUUUCUUGAAGGAAUUGGCUUUUGACUUGGGAUUAAUAGUGGUCCAUUCCCAAUCUAUGGACAAGUAUUUCCUGCAACUCGAUAUUGAUGGAAUUAAUCCACAGGAGUCUGCAGACGAACAAUCUGACCGGAUUCAAGCGCUCAGAAGAUCGAUAAAGAAAUACGAACAAGCAGUUUUAGUGGAAGGAAGUGAGGAGUUGAAGGAAGAACAUAAGUUUUAUAACGAAAGAUUUGACAAGUGGAGAGAUCAAUACUACAAGGAAAAAUUGGAUUUCAGCUAUUACGAUGAGAAAGAAUUGACAGAGAUGACCGAGAAUUACGUAGAAGGUUUGCAAUGGGUGCUCUACUACUACUAUCAAGGCUGUCAAUCGUGGUCAUGGUAUUACAAAUACCAUUAUGCUCCACGUAUUUCCGAUGUGCAGAGAGGUUUGAAUCAAAUUAUCAAGUUUAAUAAGGGUACCCCCUUUAGGCCAUUCCAACAACUAAUGGCAGUGUUGCCCGAAAGGUCGAAGAGUUUAAUACCCACCGUUUACAGACCUCUGAUGUAUGAUCCCAAGUCACCAAUCGCAGACUUCUAUCCAGACGAAGUCGAAUUGGACAAAAAUGGGAAAACUGCGGAUUGGGAAGCCGUGGUCAAACUAUCCUUCGUUGACGAAGGGAGACUAAUCGAAGCAAUGAGCCCCUUAGAUGAAAAAUUGACACCUGAGGAGAAAAAGAGAAAUAGUUUUGGCACUGAUCUGAUUUUUAUUUUCAAUCCUCAAAUUGACGACAUUUACAAAUCUCCCCUAAGUGGUCUAUUUUCGGACAUUGAACAUAACCAUUGUACUGAGCGCGAAUACGUCCCGAAAUCGAUGAAGGGACUGGAGUUAUUUUUCGGUCUUCCACCUGGCGCCAAGUUAGGUGCUGGUGCUCUGGCUGGGUUUCCAUCGUUGAAGACGCUUCCUUUCGACAACAAGCUAGAGUAUAAUGGUUGCUUAGUAUUUCAGCAACCUUCGAGGCAGCAGUCAAUGCUUCUUAGUGUCAAGGAUGCAUACAGUGAAGGUAACUUGACGAUCGACGAAUUUGCGAAAACUCACCUGGGGAAUGUUGUGUACUCCAGAUGGCCUUACCUCAGAGAGUCUAAAGUUCUAUCAGUGACCGAUGGUCAGAUUUCUUUGGAGUUAUCUGACAAUAAACUAUCAGCAAAUGGCAAGCCUAAGCUAUUGCAGAGGAAUUUAGAUGAAGCUGAGAAAAAAUUGUUUUAUUCACAGAGGGCAAAUAUCCGCAGAAAUUACUCAAUUCAAAGAGGAGUAGUCCUUGACGAGGUUCGCGCUAUCGUCCGUGUUGUACCCGUAAAUGGGUUAACGAGAACACCAGAAGGCGCUUUUGUUAAGACGUUUUCUUCCAAUGAGGAGUUUUAUCCUUUACAAUUGAUCGUUGAGGAUGUUGAAAACAAGGACAAACGUUAUAUGGAAAGACCUCCAUUACCUGUUGACGAGGAAUUUCCAGAGGGCUCUGAUGUCAUCUUCUUGGGUGACUACGCUUAUGGCGGGAAAGCCACCAUUGAUGGAUAUAGCAGCUCUACUAGGCUGAGACUAACGGUGGAGAAGCAUACCACUAAAUCUGAGCCAACUAUAGGAAAGGUGAGAGCACAAUUAGAUGAAAAAUUGAUUCGUUAUUAUCCUUCAUUUGUUGUUUCUAAGAGACUACAAAUACAUCCUCUUUUUUUAUCAAGGAUCACUUCCAAAUUCAUGGUUGACGGAUUUGGGGAGAGGCCAAUUAACUUCGGUCUUGAGAUAAAGUUUGAAUCUCGACACGAGAAGGUGUUGGGCUAUGCCAGACGUAACGUGAAGGGCUGGGAGUAUUCAGAUAUGACAAUUGCUCUUCUACGUGAAUAUCAAAAGAAUUUUCCUGAAUUUUUCUUUAAGCUUUCAACACAGGCGAAAGAAACACCGUCAUUUGAAAAAAUGUAUCCCAAGGCUGGUCGCGAAGACUUGAAAGCGCUGGUUGACAAUGUUCGCUCUUGGCUCAAGGGCGCCAAACAAAACUUUGUUACUGUUUCUCUGGAAAGCGAUUCUUUGACUAAGGCGUCUAUGGGCGCGGUCGAAGACGCAAUCGAACAGUAUUCCCGAGUAUCUCCUGAGGUGACUUCCAAGCAGCUGGCCAAAGUUCCCCGCGAAGCAGUUCUUGACCCUCAAGUAUCCUUUUCCCUAUUGAGAACUCAGCGGUUCGACCUUGGUGAUAGAGUAGUCUACAUCCAGGAUUCGGGUAAGGUACCCUUAUUCUCCAAAGGUACGGUUGUAGGAUAUACGACUAUUGGCCCGAAGUUGUCCAUCCAAGUUCUUUUUGAUAACGAGAUUGUAGCGGGAAAUGAUUUUGGAGGAAGACUAAAAACUAAGCGCGGUUUGGGCCUUGAUUCAUCGUUUCUACUCAACUUGACCAACAAGCAAUUUAUUUAUCAUUCAAAGGCUUCCAAGUCUGUUAAAGAGACCGCCAAGAAACCGCAGAAGCAGAUUAAAGCCGCUUACGCGAAACCGCCCCCCAAGGCUUCUGCUGCCUUGAAAAAGAAGCAAGCACAGGAGCUUUUGACCCAUAUUAGGGGAGAAGAGCAUCAGGAAGGUGGGGAAGAAAAAGACAAGGCAACGAAUGGGGAGCACAACAAGCCUCUUGAUGGCGGAAGCCAACCAAGCUUGCCGGCUGACAGAGCAAUUGCUAGUAAUAUCUACAAUGCCAUUUUCAGCCAGUUUUCAGCUCAAGGAGUGGUCCAACCACCUCCCCAAGGGCCACACGGUCUUCCUUACAAUCUCCCACACAAUGGGAUACCACCACACAUGGGUGGGCAAGUUCCUCCUCCCGGGUUUUUACCAUUCCCAAGCCAGGAGGGACUUCGUAUGAUGCCCCCACCAGUGGGCCAGUAUCCUUUCCAACAGCCCCUACCUCCUGUCACUCCCUCCGGGCCUGGCGCCAUCCCUGGUCUUAACGGGAACCUGCCACACGAAACUGAACCUAGAGGUCAGUCAGGUGCUGCGCCGCAAGUCAUGAACAAAGCACAGUCAAGUGGCGAUCCUGAUUAUAACCUACCUAAUGGCACUGCCUCUAACACUGCUAUCAACAGUCGUGUUAAUUCCAAAAGGGGAGCCAGAGGAGGUUACAGGGGACGUGGUCGUGGGCGGGGCCGCGACAGAGAGUCACAGAGAGGAAGAGGACCAGUUUCCAAACCAAACAGUUCUGCUUCAACGAAAUAA